UGGUCGUCGGAAGCUCCAAAAGGAGUGGAGGAGAACGAAGGUGAAGCAACUUGAUUUCGAAGUCGUCGUCGUCGACUAUUGCUAUUUCAUCUCCUCUUGUCGGCGCUUCUCCGCUCAUCGCUUUCGUGAUUCUUCCUUCCAUUCUGGUCGCCCGUCUUGAUCCGAGCACCUGCCCUACAUUCCCGGUUUGAAGAGGGUUUGUAGAUGGCGGAGGAAAACGUCAAUGGGGUUGUCUACUUUGAGUUGAACACCGGAGCGAAAAUGCCGUCGAUCGGCCUCGGAACGUGGCAAUCCGAGCCCGGACUCGUCGGCAACGCGGUGGAAAUUGCUGUCAAGGCUGGAUACAGGCAUAUCGAUUGUGCUCGACUCUAUGAGAACGAGAAUGAGAUCGGGGUUGCCCUGAAGAAGCUGUUUGAUGAAGGAGUAGUAAAGCGUGAAGAUUUGUGGAUUACCUCAAAACUUUGGAAUACAGAUCAUGCACCCGAGGACGUACCGGUGGCUCUGGAAAAGACGCUGAAGGACUUGCAGCUAGACUACGUCGACCUUUAUCUUAUCCAUUGGCCACUGUGGAAGAAAACUGCUGGCGCUGAUCCUGGAAGCCUCUCUGCCUCUCAUAUUCCUAGCACCUGGAAGGCUAUGGAGGCUUUGUAUGAUUCUGGCAAGGCACGUGCUAUUGGUGUGAGCAAUUUUUCUUCAAAGAAACUUGAAGAUUUACUGUCAUAUGCGAGGAUCCACCCCGCUGUCGACCAAGUUGAAUGCCAUCCUGGAUGGCAACAAGCGAAACUUCGAGCAGUCUGCCAGGCAAACGGUGUUCACUUCUCUGCCUAUUCUCCAUUGGGAUCACCGGGGACAACAUGGAUGAACAGUAACAUCUUGAAGCACCCGAUCCUCACUAUGGUUGCAGAGAAAUUGGGCAAGUCUCCUGGACAAGUGGCCUUAAGGUGGGGAAUACAGAACGGACAAAGCGUCCUUCCUAAAAGCACUAAAGAAGCUAGGAUUAAGGAAAAUUUGGACAUUUUCGGUUGGUCUAUUCCAGAUGACUUGUUCUGCAAGUUCUCCGAAAUCGAACAGAGGCGGCAGUUGCGAGCUGAAUUCCUUGUCCAUGAAAACGGUCCCUACAAAAGUCUGGAGGAACUGUGGGAUGGUGAGGUAUGAGGAGGUAGUGAAAAAUUUGCUGCAAAAUUUAUUGAAUUUUCCUGUCUUUGUAAUAAAAUUUCCAUACAUCUUGAUAAACUGAACUUGUAUUAAAUGGUUGUUGGAGUGUUAUGCCGUCGUUUGAAUGAAUAAAGCUCCUGAUGACAUUUCCUGUGAAA